UGUCUGCCAAAUUAAACAGGUUUGAGAACGGAGCAAAGCAAUAAAGUCGAAUGUGGUCACUUUACUCAAUCACAUUAAAUUUACGACCUUCUUGGAGUCAAGUUCAAGAGUGCGUGGAAGGAAGAAGAGAUCUUAAUUGGGUUGCGAAUGAAAAUGUUAAGGAGAAGAAGAGCCAAGUCAGUCAGUAAAAUUCAACAGUAGCACAAAGUGAGCCAUUUUCUUUGUGUUUGAAAUUUGUCCAAGUGAAUAAUACGCUCACCAAAAGUACACAAGUUUAAGUUGAUUUGAUAUCUUUAGAAUUUUAGUGGUAUUAAUAAUUAUACGUUCUUGAGAACUGUGAUAUUUAAGCAACGCAUAAUAAUUUCUUUGAUUUUAAAUAUUAUUCUGUGCAAGUAAAAAUGAACAAGCAGCCCUUGUUGUUGUGCGUCUCCAUAUUCCUGAUACUUGUCCUGGUUGUCACAGGCCUCGUAGUCACACGCAGAUUCGGUGGCAGGUCGUCUUUGGACCUCGACUACGACGCAGAGGUUGACGUAGAAAAUGUUGGGAAUGUAACGGCGGCUACAUUAUGGGAUUUACAUCGCGAUAUAAAAACGAAAAACAAGUUCAAAAUCUACCUUUUUCAAGUUCUCAACCCUCAAGCCGUGUUGGAAGGAGAGAAUCCUGAAUUAAAGGAGGCUGGACCAUUUGCAUAUAACCAGAAGAAAACCCGGGUCACCCUCGGAAUCUACGAAGAGAGUGACACUGUCCGAUAUAAGGAUCAUGUCACGUAUCAUUUUAAUCAAGCCGAGUCGAAGGGAAACGACUCUGACAUUGUCACCAUUAUCAAUAUGCCAUGGGUGGGUUUGGCUCAAGAGGUCUCAAGGAUGUCAGCGUUCAGCCGUUUCAUCGUGAUGGCAAUCGUUUCUCGCUACAGUGAGUCCGUCUUCAUGACUCGACCUGUGGGCGAACUCUUGUUUGGUGGAUUUUAUCACGAACUCAUCUCCACAUUUUCUGGAAUCACUGGGGAGACUUACAUGCCAAACAACACGUUUGGUUUCCUUUAUGGGAGAAACGAUACGUUCCUCGACUCUCGCGAAGUCAAUCUCGGUCUAAAAAACCCUCUUCAUUUUGGACACACCCGAAAGUGGAAAGGUCUCAAAGAAAUGGAGUGGUGGAGUCGUCCCAAUUCUGAUGACAGUGACUGGUUUGACGAAGAAAGUUCCGAGGAUAAGCACAAAAAUACUUGCAACCAAAUCUCAGAGUCCUCCGACUGGAGUUUAUUCCACCCUGGAAUAAAUAAGGAAGAAUACUUAUCCGUCUUUGCGGACGAUCUUUGUCGGAAUCUUAAGCUUUCUUUUGAGAAGGAAGUCAACCUUCAAGGCGUAAAGGGAUACCGGUUCACAGUACCACGGAGUGAGUACGGAAAUCCGAAAAACCAUCCAGAGAACUCGUGCUACUGCACGCAACCUGGGGAAGAUAUGGAGGACUGCCCUCACGACGGGGUAUAUCAAAUAAACGCGUGUCAGAAAGCCGCAUCUGUUCUGAUAUCACACCCUCAUUUUUACAACGGAGACAAGACAUAUUUACAAAAUGUGAAAGGAUUGAACCCAAAAUUGGAGCAUCAUCAAACAUUUAUUGACAUUGAACCGAUAACUGGCCAAGUCCUCCGGUACGCGAAGAGGGCACAAGUAAAUCUCCAUCUCCGACCGUUAAAGUCUAUCACAGAAUUCAACAAGGUUCCCAACAUGAUUUUUCCCGUCAUGUGGACGGAGGAGACGGCAGAAAUGGAUGAUGAUGCAUUGGUGGAAUUGAAGGCCAAGCUGGCUGGCAAGAAGUUUACAUUCAGUGGAUUUCAACCACCGGUGUUGGUUAACCAUUUAGGGUUCAUGUCGUCAGAUUCGGAACGGUCGAGAUUUUGGAUGGGAGUUACUGGAGGACUGCUUAUCCUACCAGUUGGCUUAGUCGGCCUAUUCCUUGCUCUCAAAGGUACGAACUGGUCGUCGAAAUUCAGUCAUCCUAAUGACACAGAGGGUGUCGAAUUUACUGAAAUGCUCACAGAGGGACAAACUUCUACAGAGAUUGUUUAAACAAAAUGCUUGCAAUUUGUUAUUGCAGCUCAAAUAAGACUGACUAUGUUUACCCAAAUUUAUUUACUUAAUGUCUCAUUAUGCCAUAAAUAUUAUAUUUGUGAUGUUAAAAAUAUGUACUCCUAUGACCAGUGCGCCAAUGUAUGUGUGUACAUAUAUAACUUAAAUAAAAAUGGUAUGGCUA